AUGCGUCGCAUAUUCGGAGGCUCAAAGAACAACACCCCACCACCAUCACUCGACGAAACGAGUCAACGGCUUCAAGAUCGUCAAGAAGUGUUGGGCAAAAAGAUCAAACAACUGGAGGCUGAAUUGUCAAAAUUGAGAGAUCAGAUUCGGAAGGCUCCGAACAAGGCCAUGCAGGAAAGACUGAAACAAAAAGCGAUGGCAGUUUUAAAACAAAAGAAAAUGUUGGAAAAGCAACAAGAGUCGUUAAUGGGUCAACAAUGGAAUGUAGAACAAACUAGUUUUACUGUAAAUACUGUGAAGGAUUCGCUGGAUACGGUAAACGCAAUGAAGUCUGCCUCUAAAACAAUGAAAAAACAGUUAAAAGAAAUUAAUAUUGACAAAGUGGAAGAUCUCUAUGACGACAUUGCAGAUCACAUGGAAGAUUUUAAUGAUUUGCAAGAAGUCAUGUCCAGAAAUUAUCAAACACCCGAGGAAGUUGAUGACAACGAAUUGAUGGCUGAGCUUGAUAUGCUUGAAGGCGAAAUGCAAGAAGACGAUUCGUAUCUGGACCUAGAUCUAGAAGUUCCAACCAAGAGCAUUGGAAAUAAGAAUCAAACUUCUACUAAAACUCGAGAAGAUGCUGAGCUGGAAAAAGAACUUGGUCUGAUAUAA